GAAAAGCAUGAGAAAAGUCACAACCGUUUUAAAGUUGAAUCCAUGAAUCAUAAAUUAAAUAUAAAAAAAGUCAAAUUGAAUAAAUAACCAAAGAUUGCCUCAUAACUGUUCAAGUGUUUUUUAAGUCAAAAUCGUGGUUUAUGGUAGAUAUACUUUUUAAUUAAAAUAUAUUCAUAAUAUGGCAGAUCCUCGUAUAAGGACGUUAAAAAUUAAAAUUGGCGUAGUUAAGCGACUUACAAAAGAAAAAAUUGUUUAUGAGAAGGAGGCUGAACAACAAAAGGAACGUAUUGAAAAAUUUAAGAGUGAUGGCAAAGAUGAAUAUGACAUUCGAAAACAAGAAGAAGUUUUACAGGAAGCUUUAAUGAUGGUGCCAGAUUGUCAAAGACGUUUGUUGAAAGCAUACGAAGAAUUAAAGUUAAUCAUUGAUAACGAAGCUGAUUUAAAAGAAUUGGAAGAAUACGCAAACGCAAUAAAAGCUUUAGAAGAAGCUCAACCAGAAUUACCUUCUAAAGAAGAACCACACGUUUGUAAUAAUUUAAAUUUUGCAUCACCAUUUAAUCUAACAGAAACACAGCCUCCACAACUUCCUCCACAGCCCACAAAUUAUAAUCCGUAUUAUCAGAAUUUCGCUGUAGAUAAUUUUAAUCCUUACGAAUAUUAUAAUUAUCAUCAACAAAUAGCGUUAGAUCAAAGUUGGAUUAAUAAUUGGUUAGUCCAAAAAAGUUUAACAAAGAAGCCACCAGAGAAACCGUCUAGUGAAGAUGAAAAAUUAACAAUAUCGGGUGCUCAAGAAACCUUAAAAAAAUGUUGUAUGAUUUUAAAUCGAUUAAAAGAUUUUGAAUCUGACCUCAAAACGAAUAUUGAUACGAUGUCAAAUAUGUCAUGGGAACAAAAAUUAAUGGAAAUUGAUAAACAGAAGGCAGUACUUUUAAAUUCAUUAACAUCGUUUGAUAAUGCAGCGAUGUUAACGAAAUUACAAAAAGAAAUUAAAAAACGUAAACGUAAAAGGGAAUAUUUAAAAACGAAGAAAAUUGAAAGAAGAAAUCAGUUAACGAUUGUUUAUAAUCGUCGCCAACAGCUACAUAAGUCUAUUAAUCAAUGGCUAAAUGAACAAAAGGAACAAGUUGAAAAAGUGAAACGGGACGAAUAUUUAAAACGUGAUGCUGAUUGUGUUUUAUCAGAAGUAACAAAGAAAAAAACAGACGCUCGGCGUCAAUUGGCAUUGUUGUCUUCGUUAAUUAAAUUACGUGAAGUAAGAGAAAAAGCUGCCUCAUCACGCGGAGAAAAAAAUUCAUUAGAAGAUAGUAAUACGUUUUUAACAAUUACAGAACGACUGAAAAAUAUGUGGCAGAAAGCACUCAAAUCUUACACUAUGGAAGAACGAGGUUUACGUGUUAUGCUGGAUAUGAAAUCAAAAACAACUGAAACUAAAGAUGAUAAAAACAAAAAAAUUAUUAAAGAAUGGAGUUUAGCUUUAUUUGGACCGACAUUCGUUCCGUCUGAUGCUUAUUGGGUUUUAACUUGUGCCGAAAGGGAUUUAGAGAUAUUUAUUGCCCUUAGGAAAAGUUGGGAUACGUUUUUAACUUCACCAAAUAAUAAUCAAGGUUCAAGUAUUCCAAUUGGUUGGAUUUUACCACAAAAUCCGUCAUCACAACUGUGGACGAAGUAUUUAGAUAAUAGUGCGUAACUUCAUUAUUAAUUCAUGAUUAUUUUAUUAAAUUUAUUUCUAUUUAGCUUUAAAUAAUACCUAUGUAACAUUCAAAAUUUGACUUUUUAACUAGUGAUAAUAUUUUUGUAAAACUU